AUUUCCUGUCAGGUGAUUUUUAGGAGUGGCAGUUUGUGAUUAUACAGCGUGUCUAGUUACUUCAGAGAAGAUUCAAGAAACGUAGAUUAAUCGCUCGUUGAAUUUCGUUUAUUUUCCAUCCAGACAAAAUGCCUAUGUUGUGCGGAGGGACCACCGAGGCGAAGGAUGCGACUGAGGAAGUGCAGCAGAUCUGUAAUGAGAUGAAAGCUCAUGCUGAGGAAAAAGCUGGAAAAAAGUUCGACGUCUUCACUGCUAAAACCUACAAGUCCCAGCUGGUGGCGGGGACGAACUAUUUCAUCAAGGUCCAUGUGGGUGGCGAGGAAUGUGUUCACCUGCGUGUCUAUAAGAAGCUGCCACAUGCUGGAGGAAACCUGGAACUUCAUGGAAUCCAGAUACCCAAAACCCAUCAGGACCCCAUCGAAUACUUCUGAGCAUGCAUUCCAUAGAGAAAGAAACAGAAGUGAAAUGGCACUAACACUCACAAACAAGAAUUUUGUUUCAGAUGGUUUUACAUAUGUAAUGUUACUUUGUUUAAAGUUGCAUUUAUUCUGUAUUGAUUGCUGAACUGACAAGAAAUUAGCUGCUUCUUCAGUUAAUAAAAUGGUAGUGUUAAAUAUAAAUCAUUUGCUUUUGAUGUUUUUGUUUAAUGUUUAGAUUUAAAUUUACCAUAUAGUUUUUUUUUUGUGGGAGUGGUUAGUUUUAUUAAAGGAUACUUUUGCAAAUAUCUGCACAUUUGCAUCAAAUAUAGCUACAUAUCUCAUCAAGUUCCAUAACCACAGUGGUGUGUUGUAUGCGAAGCAGGAUUUUCGCCAACUGCUGACACCUAUGCUUAAUUCCAUGACUGGACUUUCAUUAGAGACACGCCUCAGUAUUUAACAUGGCUUUGAAACCAAAUGCAGAGCUGGUUAGAGAGAGAGAGAGAGAGAGAGAGAGAACGCAAUCUGCUUUUACUUAAGUAAUAUUUAGCAUAGGGAAAAUCAACUUUUAUUCACUUUUCCCCACCUCUUUUUAUGUCUAUAUGUCUCUUAAAACACCUAAGCAAAUAAAAAGCAAUAAUAAAGCUUGGUUGCAUGUUCUCUGGUUUAAAUGUGUGUAUGAGGGGGAAUUUUUGUGGAAAUUGAAUUUAAUAAAUAAAACGUUGUGAGACUGUGUUACCAUAA